AAGUUGUCUUAGUCAUCACUAAACUUAAGACAGUCACACAGUCGGUAGUGUUACUUGCAAAAAGACGUCGGUUUAACUUAGGUAUCUACGUUCUUGAGAAGAUUACACGGCGGAUAUGAUUCGCCAAUUAGCGUUGACCGCCCUGCUGGCGGCCGCCGCGAGGUCCGCGCCCACCCUCUGCGAGAUCUGUCCCGCCGAGAAGGCCCCGGUCUGUGGCUCCGACCAGGUCACAUACUACAACGGAUGCGUCCUCAAAUACUGCCAAAAUAAUCCAAGCGUCGUCGUCCUACAUCAAGGUUACUGCGCAGGAUCAACAAACCCGGAUCCAUGUUUAUGCCCAGAAAAAUACCAACCAAUUUGCGGCACAGAUGGAAAUACUUAUGGCAAUGAGUGCAAGCUGAGAUGCCAAAAAAGCAGAGUGCGCGUGGAGAAGGCUUACGACGGAUGGUGCGGCAGCCAACACCCGCAAGUGCAAGUGGCCGAACCAAAUGGAGUUCAAGUGGCCGACGCAAAUGGGGUCCAAGUGGCCGACGCGAAUGGGGUCCAAGUAGCCGACGCGAAUGGGGUUCAAGUAGCCGAAAACUCCGACCCUUGCACGUGCACUAGAAGCUACAAACCAGUUUGCGGGUCCAAUGGAGAGACUUAUAACAAUGAAUGUUUGUUGAACUGUGUCGCCGCUACAGACGCCCAAACGAGUUCACCUGUGGCUAAAAUCUACGACGGUCCCUGCGGCAGCCCAAGCUCACAAGUACAAGUGGCUAACUCGAAUGGGGUCCAAGUGGUCGACGCGAAUGGCGUUCAAGUAGCCGAAAACUCCGACCCAUGCACGUGCACUAGAAACUUCAAACCAGUUUGCGGAUCCAAUGGCGAGACUUAUAACAAUGAAUGUUUGUUGAACUGUGUCGCCGCUACAGAAGCUAUGGCGAGAUCGCCUGUGGCUAAAGUCCACGAUGGCCCCUGCCUCCCAGCCGGAGAGCAAGUAAUAGUGGCCGACGCGAAUGGGGUCCAAGUGGCCGAAAACUCCGACCCUUGCACGUGCACUAGAAGCUACAAACCAGUUUGCGGAUCCAAUGGCGAAACUUAUAACAAUGAAUGUUUGUUGAACUGUGUCGCCGCUACAGACAUGACGGCUAGUUCACCUGUGGCUAAAAUCCACGACGGCCCUUGUCCCCCAGCCGGCUCGCAUGUGAUAGUGGCCGACGCGAAUGGGGUCCAAGUGGCCGAAAAUUCGGCUGACCCUUGCACCUGCACUAGGGCUUACAAGCCCGUCUGUGGGACCAACGGGGAGACUUACAACAACGAAUGUCUACUAAACUGUGUAGCUUCGACUUCUUCAGGCGUUGCGUUGAAGCAUGUGGGGGCUUGUGGUUCAGAUCAUGUGGCUCCCAGCAAUAAGUGUGACUGUGGAAGGGAUUUGGAGCCGGUGUGUGGUAGUAAUGGAGUGUUGUACAAUAACAAAUGUCUGUUUGAUUGCGCUUUAACUUGGAACACCGGCAUGACGAUAGUUCACCCCUCACGUUGCGGCCCCCCUCCGCCAUGUUGCAAACCGUAAGAUUGUAGGUAUUUGAGGAAUAAUAAUUUAAUUACGUACUUAAUUCUAUUUUAUUCAAUUUUGUGGCAGUAAGCACUUUUCUCAUGAGAUCAAAAUAGUGACGACAUGUAAAUUAAAACAUAAAUACCUAUGUAGUUAGGUGUAUAAUCUACUAGUAGUUAUCCUGUAUUGAAUUGACUAUUACCUAAGCAAUAAUAGGUACUAACGUAACUACUUUUAAAAUGUUUUAUAUUUUACAAUAAAAUAUAUGCAUGCCGAA